AUGACAGAGUAUGAGGCCUUAGUUAGAGGAUUACUUUUCGCUCAUAAGAAGGGGGCAAAGUGUUUGAAGGUGCAAAGAGAUUCUGAGUUAGUGGUUAAACAAGUGCGAAGCCAAUAUGUGUGCCAUGAUAAAAGGUUAGCAGUGUAUCGGAAUAGAGUGUGGGAUCUGAUUGAGGAUUUUGAUUCUUUUGAUACUAAAUUAGUAUCUAGGAAAGUCAACAGAAUACCUGAUGCGCUGGCCGUAGCUGCUAGGGCUUUUGAAGAUCAAAUUAUUGAUGAGGAAGACAAAUCGGAUGAUCUUAAUAUUGAAGAUCUUAUGCUUGGCAAUUUGACAAUUCCAAAAUAUGUAGAUCCCGAAAGCCCAGUAAUCCAGUUAAGCAUUGGUAAGAUUACUAUUCCUAAUAAACUUGUGGAUUUGGGUGCUGCAAUUAAUGUAAUGACUAACGAGACCAAAACAAAAUUAUCUCUUGAAGGACUUAGGCCCACACCUAUAGUUCUCCAGAUGGUUGAUCGUUCACUGGUCAAGCUUGAAGGGGUUAUUGAAGAUGUGGUCCUUUCUAUUGAUUCAUGGGAUUUUCCAACUGACUAUAGCGGGUGGGUAUCUCCUCUAGUAGUGGUACUGAAGAAAAAUGGUAAGUGGCAUAUUUGUGUCGAUUACAGAGCUUUAAAUAAAGCAACUAAAAAGGACCAUCUUCCAUUACCAUUUAUUGAUCAAGUUUUGGACACUCUUGCAGAAGUUUAUAUGGAUGACUUUACAGUUCAUGGCAAUACUUAUGAAGAGGCAAAAGCAAACUUAGAGAAAGUGCUUAAAAGAUAUCAAGGACCCCAGUUUACUUCAGAACUUAUUGCUGCUCUAGUCAAAGAAUAUGAGAUCCGUCACCGGAAGUCCACUCCUUACCAUCCCCAAGCUAAUGGACAAGUUGAGGUCACCAACAGAGAGCUUGAGAACAUUCUUACCAAGGUGGUUGCUCUUCAUAUGCAUGAUUGGGCCAUGUGGCUUCCUGAGGCUGUAUGGGCCUACCACACGAUGUGGAAGACCACUAUAGGUCUGACCCCUUAUGAACUCGUUUAUGGUAAGAAGGCAAUUAUUCUGAUUGAGUUUAAGAUUAAGACUCUGCAGACUACAUUGCAACUCAGCCUAAGUCUCUCUGAUGCCCAGAAGGACCGUAUUGCCCAACUACACUCUUUAGAUGAGCUCUGUCAGGAUGCACUCUUUCACACAGAGGUCAUCCAGAAGUAG